GGAAGAAAUUCUUCUCCUACUCUCAAUCCUGAAGUUGACUCCGCUUGUUGCCUCCAUGAUCUCUUCCAUUGUUCAUUGUUGUCGCCCAUUACUCCUUCCUUCUGCAGAUCUAGUUUUUGCCUUCAGUGGAGUAGUUUCUUCCAUCUAAUUCAGCUUUGGAGCGCUGGAAGUUGGAAAGUUUGCAUUUUUUUCUGCUGCUUGUCGCUGGUUAGGAGCCGGAGUCUGCUUCCUGUUUGCUGCGUUGCCGUGGGAUAAGGGGGAUGGAGAACUACCUGAACGAGAACUUCGGGGGAGUGAAGGCGAAGAACUCGGAGGAGGAGGCGCUGAGGCGAUGGCGGAAGCUCUGCAGUGUCGUCAAGAACCCCAAGCGCAGGUUUCGUUUCACCGCCAACCUAUCCAAGCGCUCCGAGGCCGAGGCCAUGAAGAAAACCAACCAGGAGAAAUUGCGGAUUGCUGUUUUGGUUUCAAAAGCUGCACUUCAGUUCAUACAUGGAAUUGCUUUACGAAGUGAAUAUGUAGUACCUGAAGAGGUCAGUGCAGCAGGUUUUCAGAUUUGUGCUAAUGAAUUGGGAUCUAUUGUCGAAGGCCAUGAUGUGAAGAAGCUGAAGAUGCAUGGUGGUGUUGAAGGGAUCAUAAAUAAGCUUAAUGCGUCUACGACUGACGGACUUUCUACCACUGGCAACAAGUUAAAGAAGAGGCAGGAGAUUUAUGGUGUAAAUAAGUUCACUGAAAGUGCAGUUCGGAGUUUUUGGGUAUUUGUUUGGGAAGCACUUCAGGACACUACAUUGAUAAUUCUUGCGGUGUGUGCCUUUGUCUCUCUAAUUGUUGGAAUUGCAAUGGAAGGAUGGCCAAAAGGUGCCCACGAUGGCCUUGGAAUCGUUGCGAGCAUCCUAUUGGUUGUGUUUGUGACUGCUAUUAGUGACUACAGGCAGUCCUUACAGUUCAAGGAUUUGGAUAAGGAGAAAAAGAAGAUUUCUAUCCAAGUGACACGAGAUGGUUUCAGACAGAAGAUUUCCAUUUACGAUCUUGUUCCUGGUGAUAUUGUGCAUUUAUCGAUCGGAGAUCAAGUCCCUACUGAUGGUCUUUUUAUAUCUGGAUAUUCCUUGUUGAUCAAUGAAUCAAGUCUAACAGGUGAGAGUGAACCUGUUUCUGUUAAUGCAGCGUACCCUUUUCUUUUAUCUGGGACUAAAGUCCAAGAUGGGUCAUGCAAAAUGUUAGUAACCACUGUUGGCAUGCGAACCCAAUGGGGUAAGCUGCUCGCUACGCUUAGCGAAGGAGGAGAUGAUGAAACUCCAUUACAAGUCAAAUUGAAUGGAGUUGCAACUAUCAUUGGAAAAAUUGGUUUGUUUUUUGCAGUUAUAACAUUUGCUGUGCUAGCUCAGAGACUUGUUGCUCGAAAAUACCAGGAAGACUUGUUAUCGAGCUGGUCUGGUGAUGAUGCACUGGAGAUGCUCGAGUUUUUUGCAAUUGCAGUCACUAUCGUUGUGGUUGCUGUUCCUGAAGGACUUCCCUUGGCUGUGACAUUGAGCCUUGCUUUUGCAAUGAAGAAGAUGAUGAAUGACAAGGCACUAGUUCGCCACCUCGCAGCUUGUGAGACUAUGGGCUCAGCUACAACAAUCUGCAGUGACAAAACUGGAACACUAACAACUAACCAUAUGACUGUGGUGAAAGCCUGUAUCUGCAGAAAUGUUGUGGAAGUCAGUUCUGAGAAAGAUGGUAAUGUGAGUUCCCAUAUAGCAGACGUUGUGCGAAAAACUCUUCUCCAGUCCAUUUUCAACAACACCGGUGGUGAGGUUGUGACCAAUCAAGAAGGAAAGCUUGAAAUCCUGGGAACACCCACAGAAGCUGCACUGUUGGAAUUUGGUCUAUCACUUGGUGGAGACUUUCAUGCUCAAAGACAGGAAACAAAGCUCGUCAAAGUUGAGCCCUUUAAUUCCACAAAGAAGAGAAUGGGAGUAGUUCUUCAACUUCCCGAAGCAGGAUAUCGUGCCCACUGCAAAGGUGCUUCUGAAAUUAUUUUGUCUGCUUGCAACAGUUAUGUAGAUUCUGCAGGCAAUGUCGUACCUCUUGAUGAUGAUGCAAUCAAUCAUCUUAAGAGCACCAUUGAUAGCUUUGCCAGAGAAGCUCUUCGGACUCUAUGCCUUGCUUACAAGGAACUUGGCGAUAACUUCUCUGCCAAAGAGCAAAUGCCGUUAGAAGAAUAUACAUGCAUAGGAAUUAUAGGAAUUAAGGAUCCUAUUCGUCCAGGCGUGAAGGAGUCUGUUGCAACUUGUAGGGCUGCUGGGAUUAUUGUUAGAAUGGUUACUGGUGACAACAUAAAUACCGCAAAAGCAAUUGCCAGGGAAUGUGGUAUCCUCACUGAUGAUGGUAUUGCUAUAGAAGGUCCUGAAUUCCGAGAGAAGAAUUUGGAGGAGCUGAAUGAAUUGAUUCCAAAGAUUCAGGUCAUGGCUAGAUCGUCGCCAAUGGAUAAGCAUACCUUAGUUAAGCAUUUGCGGACCUUGUUCCACGAAGUUGUUGCCGUGACUGGUGAUGGCACAAAUGAUGCCCCUGCACUCCAUGAGGCAGAUAUUGGACUUGCAAUGGGCAUAGCAGGAACUGAGGUAGCUAAAGAAAGUGCCGAUAUCAUAAUUCUGGAUGACAAUUUCUCAACAAUAGUGACUGUAGCAAAGUGGGGACGGUCCAUAUAUGUCAACAUUCAAAAGUUUGUGCAAUUUCAGCUCACUGUUAACGUGGUUGCUCUAAUUGUUAACUUCUCGUCGGCAUGUUGGUCAGGAAGUGCUCCACUCACAGCUGUUCAACUACUUUGGGUGAACAUGAUUAUGGAUACUUUGGGAGCAUUAGCAUUAGCAACUGAGCCACCAAAUGAUGACUUAAUGCGAAGAACACCCGUUGGAAGGACUGGGAAAUUCAUCACCAAUACAAUGUGGAGAAACAUCUUGGGACAAUCAAUCUAUCAGUUUAUUAUCAUGUGGUGUCUCCAGACACAAGGAAAAGAGUUAUUUAGGCUCAGUGGCCCUGAUGCUGAUCUCACACUCAACACAAUUACAUUCAAUUCCUUUGUUUUCUGCCAGGUGUUCAAUGAGAUCAGCUCAAGAGAGAUGGAGAAGAUAAAUGUAUUCAAGGGCAUCUUGCAGAAUUAUGUCUUUCUAUGUGUGCUUAUGAGCACCAUCAUCUUCCAAUUCGUCAUUGUCCAGUUUCUCGGUGACUUUGCGAACACAACGCCACUUACAGCGGCGCAAUGGCUCGUGACUGUUUUCAUUGGAUCCGUAGGAAUGCCAAUUGCUGCACUCUUCAAGCUGUUACCCGCAAGAUCCUGUUAGAGGUCAUGCAACAGGAGUUGAAAGAUUUGUUCAACACUCAAUUGAAAAUGGAAAUUGCUCACGUAUUGCUUGACUGAAGACACGUAAGCACAGUAAGAAUCUUCUUUGUAUUGAUUAACUUCGUUAUGCUCUUCGAAGAAGAAGAGACAACCACUUUAAAAGUCUAAUUACUUGGUCAAACGUUGUUGUUGCUUCUUCCAAGAAUUAUGAUCUUAAACAAGAUUCUGCAGUAUCUAGAUUCUGUCAACUCUAAGAAAGAACUUAGUGCUUGGAAAUGGAGGAAGAUGACUUGCUGCCCCCCGUCGUGGUAGCCAUAGCCGGCGACCAGAAAUCAGCUCCAUUGCUGCUCGUCACGAGCUCCGCGCAAGAGACCGGCACCAGGCACAAGCCCCAGCUUCUUAGAUCAUCGAUCCUUCUUGCUUCUUCCUCCUCCGCCUGCAACGCCAAAGGAGUGAACACUGAAGAAGAAGGAUUCACGCAGGGAAAGCCUAAAAGUUUCUGUUUUAAUCAAGGUUUACUGCAAUUUCUUCCACGAACUGCGAGUUCCUCAGGUACGGCGAGCUCAGAACCUGACAGAGAACAGAUUUAUUGAUAUAUUAAAACUAUAGGUGUCGAAUUUGGGAGGUAUAGCUAUGAACCUGGACUUGGUCAUGCAAGAAGCGGAUGUAACCUAGGGCUUCGUGGAGAACACUGGCAGCAUCAGACUGCAACAGAGAGACAGUACUGGGAGUAAACGAUCAAGCCAAUGUCGCCAUGAAAUUGAUAUAAUCACGGUUAACAAUCACCUUGCCAAAGGGAGAAACCAGCUGCUGCAAUGCCGUAAUUCGAUCUCCCAACUUUUCCUUCCUCCUCUGCGAUUCACAGAUUUGUUUAAUAAUGGACGUAGCCAAAAUGCGCAUAUAUAUGAAAGGGACCUUGGUGCCGCCAUGGAAGCUGCUGGUAGCUGAAGCAGGGCACUCUGUUUUCGGCGUCAUAAUGGAGGUUGAUAAUCUCUUUCCGGCAAUCUUCUGAUAGCAAAGCGAUAGAUAAAUACAGAAAACCAAAUUGCGGUUGGAAUGAAGGUUAACUCAGUCAAGAAAGAACCUUUGAAUUCUCAGAAACUUUGCUGUUUUCUUUUUCUCUUUCUUCUUCCUGUUUCCCACUGAAACAGACCGUCGAAGAAGAAGCAGAGCCGUCGAAGAGCAAGAUGCUUUUCCCCGAAGUAAGCAGCUCCAUGAAGCCCAACCCUCCGCCGCCUCCUCCGUCUUCUUCCAUCUCGGAGCGGAGGAACCUUCUCUCUCGUUCUUGCAGAAUCUGGCAGAUCUCGUAUUUAUGGCAUUGCUCUCUGCAUCUUGUUUGGCCUCGCUAUGGGCGUCGAUGGGAAGGCGGAGGGAGGAGAUGUGAGUGGCCGACUGCCCGUUGGGUUCGGAUUCGGAUCCCUGCGCUUGCUUCGGGCUGCGCGCAAGUCGCAUUCGGUCAACGCCCGCCACCCGAAACCCGAUAGAUCAGAAUCUGUGCCUAUCUGCGCCGCUUCGGAAGUACCAGCUUCAAGAUUCGCUUCAUUUAACAUCAUUUUUUAGUCGUGUUUUUCUUUUUGUUUUUUUCCUUUUUAUUUUUAGAAUUAGAUACUUUUUUAUAUUUUACAAGUAUACUAUUCUAUAUUAUUAUCUCUUAUCAUAUCCUACCUAUCGAUAUUGAUAUUAUACUAUACUUAUAUAAGUAUUUAUCUCAAUAAAUCUUACAGUAAAUUUUUAACGGAUAUAUCUUACCAUGACGGAUUCAGGUGCGAUUGUCCAGCUCUUUUCAUCUUCUCUGCUCAAAUUCAGGUACGUUUUCACACACAGUGUCAAUUUGAUCCUGUCCGAGAGUCGAGUCGAUGGACGCUUGGGACAUGACGCUCUAUCCUGUCUUUGGAUAAACUCCCAGAUGGCGUGUACCUCUGGCGAACUUGCAGCAAAGCCGAGCCGGGAAUGGGUUCUCGGCGACGACCCUCCGACGCUCAAGUCAGGCAACGGGGAGAAGAAGCGGAAGCAAAAUAACGAGACUGUAGCUACAGUGAAGAAUAUCGCAUACCUCCGUCGAAGUCUAGGGGUCCUUAUAUAGGACCCCGGGGAGGUGAAUGCACGCGCGCCAAGGCGUGCAUGCUUCCCCAAGCAUACCUCAAGAUGGGCGUGUCGGAAAAGUACGUCUGACGCCAUACCACAAUCGCCCGAGCAUAUCUCUGACAUGACAGUGGAAACUUCCACCGUACGAUCUUCUGUCCGGUCUAGCCGUCGAUCAUGCUGUUUGUCGGCGGCGCAUGUCUCGAGAAGGAUAUCGCCAGCUGUCCAUUUUGUCCUCUUCCGUCUCUUGUCCGUUACUAGGUCGAGCGGGAGAGUCGAUCGGUCACAUACUCGGACGGGCAUGCAGCCUUAGUUGGCCAGUAGCUCGGCCGAGCGAGCAUGCCGCUCGGCGCAUCGACCCUUUUAUACGAGAACCCCUGAGCAUCGGAAACUCGACCUGCGAUCGAGCUGUCUUCGCGCCGGCCUGGGCGCUAUCACGGUCGAUCGACGAGGCGACCUCCCCGCUCGGCCAGAACAUUAGUCUGCCCCUCUUGACUUUGACUUUCACGUGUCGUUGACCAUUGUACAGCCGGACCCCCUCUUUUACCACCGGAUCACGUGUCUUUCCCUCAAGUUUAAUCGAAGGAGACUGAAAGUCUGACUGACUGGACUAAUAGUUCGGGGGUGUAGCGGCCGCUCGACCACUGAGGUAAGUGCUUCUCCGUUCUAACACUGUGAGGGUUCCGGGAAACCGCUCGGCGGCCUACCCGCUGGGCCUUGAAAAGUUUUGCUUGCCGCUGAGUGCCUUAUCGACCCGAGGGCGAUUAACGCCGACUUCUUCAGGAUCUCCUCGGAAUUUAUUUAGUAAACUUUGAAUAUUGGAUCGACUAAUAUUUUGACCUAGGGCCGUAUUUAGGCAUAGGUCAUUAAGGCCUAUGCCUAAGACCCUAAUUUUUAUUAGGACCCAUUAUUUUUAGUGUAUUAAAUAUAUUUAUAUAUAUAUAUAUUUUUAAAGAGAAUGAAAAAGAAUAAACUCAUAUGAUAAAAGAUUGUACAAUCUUAUUCUCUAAAAGUUGGGGUCAUUAUUUUUAAUAUAUUAAAUAUAUUUUUAUGUAUAUUAUUUUAAGUAAACAGAACAAAAUAAGGACCAAGUGAAUAAAUAUUUAUAUGACCUCAAUCUUGAUCAAAGGUUCGAAUUUCACAAAAUCUCAUUAUGAUUCAAAUGAAUAGAGUCAUAAAGGAGCUCUUUAUUUAAAAAAAUAAAUUUAUUUUAAAUUAUGGAUAUUAUUUUAUAAAAUCUAAUUUAUUCUUCUUCAAUAUCUCUCAAUCCUAGCUUCGUUAGAUUUCUCAAUAGUUGGUGAUGUUUUCUCCUUUGAUCAAUAAGAACAUGAAUUAGAAAUUUUUUAUCUUAUCCAUACAAUGCAAAAUAAAAAAGCUAAUUUUUUCUUUGAGUUCCACCUCUUCCUCUUUUCCAACUCCCCUCUUUAUGCUUCUUUUGCUCAUUGAGAUUGGAGAAAAGAAACUGUACCUAACAUUAACAUGCUGAUCCGGUUGGUGUUACUAUGCUCCUUGCUUAAUUAAAUUCAAAUGUGAUGCAUUCACCCAUAUUGUGCCUAAUCAAAAUAAAAGAUUUUAUUAUUUUUUUUAGCAAUAACAAGUUCUAUCAUUUCAUUUCCUUGAUAGACAUUAAAUUUAACUUUUAUUUAGAUAUAUUUAUAAUCAUAAAUUAUUUGAUUUUUUCUUUAUGUCUAUUCUAUCAUUUACAGCUGUUCGGAUUUAAGUGAUGAAAAAUAUGAUUUAUUUUCUCUUUUGCUCUGUGCCUAAAAAGCACCCAUUUAGUUCUUGAUAAAUAUAAUGAUCGAUUUGGUCUCAUUACUAUCUUUAUUUUCUAAGAAUUGUAUUGAGUUUUAUCAUUUUGCUUCUUUGCUUUCCUUGGCGUCGCCUCUGUCGUUGCUCUCUCCGUCAAUCUUUUAGACGAACUUUCUGUGUUUUCAUUUUCCGACCAUGACAAGUUCUUCCGCCCCCUCUCCCGGCCUUUGGUAUCACGCCAUGGAGAGUCGGUUCGACUCGGGAGAUGCCUUUAAUCUGAUUAGCGCAUAUGACAUCCCUGUUGACCACAAGCUCACCUUGGCCGAGCCAUCCGACCGGCCUCAUGACCCACCGGCCUGCACUGUUACCUUCUUCCGCGACCAAUUCGUAGCUGGCCUUAGGUUUCCAAUCCACCCAUUCAUCAUAGAAGUGUGCUACUACUUUCGCAUUCCGCUUGACCAGCUCGUGCCUAACUCCUUCAGGCUGCUGUGCGGCGUAGUUGUGCUCUUCCGAGUGCACAACAUCUCAAGCCUCAGACUUUUCAUUAUUUUUACUAUCCCAAGUAGUCCGAGCCGGGCACCUUCUUGUUUCAAUCUCGGACCGGCUUGAUUUUUUUUGAUAAAAUGUCUACCUCCAAUAAGCACUAGAAGGACUAUUUUUUCUUUUUGAGUUUUCCCGAGCCGCCACUUUUCCGAACCCAAUGGCAAACUUUGCUGCCGCCUCCCCCCGACCUGAAAAGGUAUAGGACCGAGCCUGCUUUUCUCCACGCGGCUAACCUGUUGGCCGACCUGAAAUUAGACAUCCACAAGUUGCUGCCCGAGGGGAUGCUGCACCUGUUCGGCUUAAGUCCAGUCCGAACGUGGCUUCCGAACGACUCUGGUAAGAAAUAUAUUUCUCUCCUUUUCUUUGGGUCUAAUUGAUUUCUUUUCUCUUCCUUAAAGCUACGACCAUGAUGUCGGUGGCGCUCGGCAUGCUGAAGCGCAAGACUGCCGAGAUAGAGGCGUCUGCCGCGCAGGAGGCGGAGAGACUUGGCAUCGCCCCAGUCGGCUCCCACGAAGGCGAGAGCGAAGAGGUGCAGACGAUGGGCGAUGCGUCUGCCGCUCGGACCGCCACUACUGAGGCAGCAGGAGAGAUCGCUCCUUUGUGUACUCAAUCGACCACUCAGCUCGAGGAAGCUGGGUCUUCCGAUGACGAACUUCCAUUGAUUGGACGCAAACGCCGCCGAACGGGCACACCCACCCGCUCGACCACCUCAGCCGUACAUGCGUCCGAGCAGAUGGACGAUCCCCCUCAAUUGGCUCCGGCAACUGCGGAAGCCAUAUCUUUCGACAGGACCCCAUCUCAAGGCGUUUAGCCUUCCGACCCCAUCGCGGCUCAGCCCCUCAGCUCACUCCCUCCUGCUCAACAGACAAGCAGGCGAUCCCUCAUUCGCUCCGAGCCAAUCGGCCAGUCCGCAGCCCCUUCAGCGUCUGCUCAGUCUGCGCCUGGCGGGCGCAGGACGAUCAAGGCCAUACUCCACCUACCGACGGAGGAAUAUGUGCAGGCGGCCGACGAACCGAUGAGCCCCGAGCACCAAAUAACCAUCCGGGGAUCGCUGGCGAAGGUCUGGGAGGACGCUCGGGAGCGUAUUGCCCUGAUGCCCCCUGGGCUACUCUGCAACAGUCAUCUGCAACAAGCCACCGGGGUAACUCCUACCGUAAUCCUUCGUUUUUUCAUCUCCGUUCGGUACUUGACUUUUUCCUUUCUGACCUGGUUGCAGUACUGGGUGGAGAGCAUAGCAGUAUGCGACUGCCUGACGUCUUUGGAGGAGGAGUUCAAGAGACUCAAAGUCUCUGGUGGGGCUCCCCCUCAGGGCCUCUCUUACGCCGAGCUGAAGGCGAAUCUGGACAAGACCAACAAACUGCUGGACGCUGAGCAAUACAAAUCAUCGGGCCUGCAAACUAUGGUGGACCGGCUCGAGACCCAAGUAAAGACUUAUGACAAAAAGAUCGACUUGGCUACCUCCAAAAAGAAUAGGGCCGUCACCGACCUGGAGGCGAAGAAUGUCGAGGCUCGAGCUGAAGGUCAAGGAGUUGACUGAUCUACUUACCGCCGAGAAGGCUAGCCGCUCGGCGGAGGUGAUCGCUCUCCAGGCUUACCUGAAGACUCUUCAAGACGUACUGGAGGCUUCUCGAGCUGCCCUCAAAGAAUAUCAGGAGGUCGAGCCUAGUCGUUUUAUUGUCAUGCAGCAGAACUACAUCCAUUCGGAGAAAUUUGUUGAGAAAACUUGUGCUCGGCUCAUCCAUGCGUUCAAGUUAGCCAUCACCGCUACGGCUGACUAUCUGAAGACAAAGGGUCGGCUCCCUGAGAAUUUCACCAUCCCCGUCCGUGAUCAUGCUGAGCUGCUUACCACGAUUUCAGAUGAGAUUUUUAGUUAUCUAGAGUAAGUCAUGGAUAUGUACUGGUCGUUCGACCUCUUUCCCUGCAUGUACUUGCCGCUCAGCCUAUUUUGGUUAAUGAAUUUUUGGCCUUUCACUGUUUGCUUUUAUCCUUAUGUAUAUUUGAGCGAGUUAUCUGUUCCCCUGAUCGCUAUUGAAUUUGUGAGACCCUCGUCUUUUGAUGUCCGAGCCGCUGCUCGACAAUCCAGCACAGGACCACCUCUUUUCCGUUUGACCUGUCAGAUUGAAAUGAUGCAAAGGCGGAGUUUUAUAGUAGAUGUUUGACUCUGGCGUUUAAGGUUGUCAUUCGACGGUCUUCGGGCCGGGGGGUUCAUAGUCGCCGGUCCGACUCUAGAGUUUAACGUCGACGCUCGACGGUCUUCGGGCCGGGGGGUUUAUAAUCGCCGGUUCGACUCUAGAGUUUAACGUCGCCGUUUGACGGUCUUCGGGCUGGGGGAUUUAUAAUCGCUGGUUCGACUCUAGAGUUUAACGUCGCCGCUCGACGGUCUUCGGGCCGGGGGGUUUAUAAUCGCCGGUUCGACUCUAGAGUUUAACGUCGUCGCUCGACGGUCUUCGGGCCGGGGGGUUUAUAGUCGCCGGUCCGACUCUAGAGUUUAACGUCGCCGCUCGACGGUCUUCGGACCGGGGGAUUUAUAGUCGCCGGUUCGACUCUAGAGUUUAACGUCGCCGCUCGACUGUUUGAUGUACCUUGGCCGUUCGGCACAUACGUUGUUUUUUUAUUUCAUUCCUGCACUCACAGGGAAUCGAAGAAGGGAAAGUACAUAUAAUGCAUCACAUUGGCGCACUUUUCACCCAGCGCUGUACGACUGAAGAUGGUUAGUGCUCCAUGGUCGUUCUAGCUGUCGUCCAUCUUCAUCUUCAAGGUAAUAUGCGCCCGAUCGGAGCUUCUUGAUGAUCUUGAAGGGCCCGGCCCAUGGGGCCUCCAGCUUGCUUACAUCGCCGACCGGCUUCACCUUCUUCCAUACUAGGUCGCCGACCUGGAACACUCUGGGAUCCAUACUAGAUUGUAAGUUGAAAAACAAAAUGUAAUAGAAGCCGGAAAACAGAAAUGCAGUGUGCAAAACAGAGGGGCAAAAUGCUGAAACAUUGAGCUUUUGUAGUUAUUGGAAUCUGGUCAUUAAAGUCAGAAUGCGAAAUUCAAGUAAGAAUCAGAGCUAAUUGAUACUCAAAUGGUGUUUCAUUGUUCUCCAUUUCUUCACAAAAUGUUGUGAACAGAAUUUUGAAAGCUUCACAAGGGCACGUUCUGUGCUGAAUCUGAACAUUACUACUGUGCAGCAAUUUUAGAAGUUUCAAAUUCAGGAAUCACUUCAGAAAGGUGGAAUGCUAGGUGGUUAUAAAGGUUGUGGACAGUGCAAUUAUUUCAAGAUCUGUAUAUUGCUCAAUUCUGCAGAAGUAUGGUUAAAACAGUGAGGUAACAAAUAGAUUUCAGUUUUUGAACUGUAUCAAGUGUGUACCAACUCUGCAGAGCUAAUUUUUAAAUUCAGUAAGAAAGCAUUUGAAGAUCUUUUAUUGUCGAAUAGAAAAUGACAGAAGUUGAAGUUUGAAGUGAAAUCUGUUAAAAAAUAACAGAAUGCAGUAAAAGUUUAUAAAAAUGUUUUGUGCAGCACUCAAAUAAGUGAGGUAAUACACUGAAGCUAUUGAAUUGUCAGCAAUAUAUGGAGUUUAAUUACUUUCCAUGACUUCUCAAGCUGAAUAAGAUAGGAUUUAGGAAGUAUCAAAUUGCUGAAAUGGAGAUCAAUGAAGCUGCCGAAUCUGUGACUGUUUGUUUUGGAAAUGCAAGAAUUCCUUUAACCUCAUUGAAUCUGAUUUUGCAAUUGUGGAACCUUUGAUACUGAAUUUUGGAAAUGUAUAGUUGGAUCCAUUACUUCAAAUCUGUUACUUCAUUGCAACAACAAGUUGAAACAUGAAUUUUCAAAAACUCUGAAAUCUGACCAAGCUAUUGAAAGCUUCUGAAAUUAGUGAAUUUGAUUUUUCUGUUGAAAAGUUGAGUUGAAGUUAUAUUGCAAUUCCAUCUCUGAAGAUUGUGGGCUACGUUUAUGUGUUGAUGCUGGUUUAGAAAGAAAACAACAUGGAAACAUAGAAUCUGAAUCUUUGAAAUUAGUUUAUGCUGCUUUAGCUGUGGAGAGCAAGGUGAAUGUAUCUACUGAAAGACUGUUUGGGUUGGUUCAAGAACAGAAAAUUGUGAAAUAGAUGACACAAGUUGAAAACUUAAAGCUGAAGACAGGGAAUUGAAUCUGUCAUUCUGUUAAUAUGCUGGAAGAGUAAUGCUGAAUUCGAUUCUAUGAGCUUGGUUGCAAUUAGUAAAUCUAUUGUAGUGGGGAGCUUCUCAAUCCAUUCUGAAAUUGAAUUUAAGAAGUUGCAGGAACAGUGAAGUUUUUAUAGCUACUGAAAUCUGAUAAACAUGGAUCAAAAUUUGUAAUUCAUUGGUAGAGCACCAUUCCACUUGUGGAGCACUUUCAAUUGGAACAAGAAUUCUGAAGAAAGGAGGACAAUAGCUACUUCUUGAUACAAAACUCAAAACAGUGGAGAGAAUUUGAGACGAUUGAAGCUUAACACUAUGAAUAUGAAGUGCAGAAGAACUGAAUUGUUGAACCUUGAUGAAUUUUGAAGGCAGCUGAUUGAAAUGUGAUUUUAGAAAUUAUUUGAAUUGUGAAGUGCUACUGAGAUAUAUGUUAUUAAGAGGUCUUUAUAUAGCAACAUAAUUCUGAUACAUGUAAACACAGAAAUCUGCAGAUUUCUAGGCAGGUUCUGUACGAAUUCUGGAAAAUGAAUUAUAGCAAGCUUGAGUUGCUUAAAUCCAGAAAUUUUUGGAGGUUGAUUUGAUAGGGAUCUUAAGAGGCAAGAUGUAUUGAAAUUAGAAUUUUUGGAGGCUAAAUGAUGUCAAGUUGAUACAAAAUUCAGGGACUUACAGAAGAUCAGAAAUUCUACAUUUGUUGUGAUAACUGGAGUACAAGCUGAAAUCUGAAAGUUGAAAAUAGUGGAAUGAAUGCAGAGCUGAAACUCAUCAACUCAGGAAUUGGAUUCUGAUGUCAAAAAGUCAUAUUAGGGGCAGAGUUUUCUUGUUCUUGCUUAUUUGAAAUUAAUGGAAUUCAAAGUCCUUGCAAUUAAUACCAAUUGAAUUAUCUUUUAGAGUUCAACUUGCUAGAUAAUCUUGCAGAAAUCAGCCUGUAUCAGAAUCUGUAUAUUAAGUUCAGGGUUAAUUUGAAAUUGCAGAUUGAUAUUUAA